AUGUGGGCUCUGAAAAGGUUGAACUUGGAUUGGGCUGAAGCUGCAAAUUUGAGGUUGACACAACUCAAUGAAAUGGAGGAAUUCCGUUUCCAUGCAUAUGAAAGUGCAGCUUUGUAUAAGGAAAGGAUGAAGCUCAAAUUGUUUCCGGGCAAGCUAAAAUCCAAAUGGUUCGGUCCGUUCAAAGUGGUGAACGUCUCUCCUUAUGGAGCUGUGGAACUGGCAUCGGAAGAUGGGUCCCGGACUUUCAAGGUAAAUGGCCAACACAUCAAGCAUUACCUGGGCACAGAUGGAGAAAAACAUUUGGUGGAGCAGCUGGCUUUAAAAGAUGGUCCGUGUCCGACCAUUGAGUGA